UGCGUGCACAUGCCUGUGUGUGUGUGUGUGUGCGCAUGCCUGUGUGUGUGUGCUCAGCGCUUGCUCCCCAGAGACCCUGCACUAUGUCACGCAGUAGGUCAUCUGAGCAAACACCCACCACAGGCCCUCGUCCACCACCCGGAACCCCAGCGGCUACACCAGCCCUCGUCCACUCCUGUCCACCAUGCUGCCCCAAGGCCGGCCGUGUGAGCGCUAAAGCUGAAGCUGGAGCGGCGCGUAUGAUGUCCUCACCCGUAAAUAAUGUACAUGCAACUCCGAGGGCUGCGGGGGCUGGCCAGGGGACAGUUCUUCUACCGAAGACUGGUCAAGCUGCAGGAGCAGGAACAGGGGUCUGGAAAGGGUGGACGCGGCGGAGCAGUCCGGGGCGAGCAGGCCGAGGGGGAGGAGGGGGCCGCGUCCGAGGAGGAGGAGGGGGGCGCCAUCAUCCCCUGCCCCUAUCUGGACCGGCCCGUACUGGACAAGCUGCUGGAGGAGGGCUUUGCGCCGGGCGGCGGUGUCCACUUCGCCUGCGCCUGCAUGCAGGGCUGGAGGGCCACUAUGGAGGACUUCCACAACUGCUUCCCGCAGCUGGGUGGCGCGCUGGCCGACUGGGCGUUCUUCGCCGUGUUCGACGGCCAUGCAGGCAGCGUAGUGGCCGAGCACUGCUCUAGGAACCUCCUAGAGCACAUACUGGCCACGGGCUCCGUGGGUCCGGAGGAGGACGUGGAGCGUGUGACGGAGGGCAUCCAUGAGGGUUUCCUCAGCAUGGACAAGCAGCUGCACAGUGUGGCCACGCGCGAGGGCUGGGAGCGAGGCGGUACCACCGUAGUGUCCACCCUGCUGACGCCCCAGAGCAUCUACUUCGCCAACCUGGGCGACUCGCGGGCGCUGCUGUGCCGAGGCGGCCGAGUGGCCUUCGCCACCGCUGACCACAAGCCCUACGGCCCGGCGGAGAAGGAGCGCAUCGAGCGUGCGGGCGGCUCUGUGGCUCUGCAGCGAGUCAACGGCUCCCUGGCCGUGUCCCGAGCGCUGGGCGACUUCGGCUACAAGACGGCGGAGUGGCGCUCGGCGCGCGAGCAGAUGGUGUCGCCAGAGCCUGAGGUGACCGUGGUGGAGCGCUCGCCGAUGGACGAGUUCCUCAUACUGGCCUGCGAUGGAGUGUGGGACGCCAUCAGCAACGAUGACCUCUGCGAGUUCGUCAGCAGUCGGCUGCGUGUCUGCACUGACCUGAGGGAGGUCUGCUCCCAGGUCAUCGACCUCUGCCUCUACAAGGGGAGUCUGGACAACAUCAGCGUGGUCCUGGUGUGCUUCCCUGCCGCUCCUCAGCUGUGCCCAGAGGCCCUGCACCAGGAGGCGGAGCUGGACGACCUGCUCGAGUCCAAAGUGGCAGAGAUCUUCGAGGAGCUGAGUGGUAGGGGGGAGGACCCUGACCUGCUGUCUGUUCUCACGGUUCUGGCCUCAACUGUAAUUCCAGGGCUGCCACCAGGGGGAGGGCUUCAGAGCAAGCGCAACUGCAUCAUCUCCGCUUACUACCAGCAAAAGGAGGCGCGGCAGCUGAGGUUAUCUCAGGAAACGGGUGGAGCAUCAGAGACCUUCUAAUUGUAAUAAUUAAUUGUUGCAGUAUGUCAAAGGACUAUCCAAUACCAUGUUAGAAUCCCACAUGUGCGAAAUAUACAAGAGGAUUCAUUAUUUGCACAAGUAUUUUUCAAAUGCCACAUUGAUACAUGUGACGUUUGAUAUUGAAAUGACUGUAUUUUUUAUUUUACAUUUUUAUUUUAUUUCUCUUUAUUUUUUCUAAAUAUUUUUUCUUUUUGAAGAUAAUGUUUAGGAGUUCUUCUGAUGUGCACGUGAAACUUAGACUACUACUGCAAAUGAUCUGAUGUGCACGUGAAACUGAGACUACUACUGCAGAUGAUCUCCCAAUUUUGGACGUGACCAGAUUCAGGCCAAAUCCACGCCAUACCCAUGCCAGAUUCAGGCCAAAUCCACGCCAUACCCAUGCCAGAUCUGGGUGGGAUCGGUUGCAGACUCUUCUAGGGGUCGUUUCAACAAGAUCAAUAACGCAUUGAGUCAGACGAGGGAAGAAACCAGGCGAAGGUUUUAUUGAAUACAGAGUUGUCAGUGCCAUAGCAUCACUGAUAGAGUUCAACUGUACUGAAUACAGUAUUUGAUUGUAAUCCCACGACCGAUGACGUCACAUGAAAGCUUGUCUUUUGAGAGGCUUUUUCCCUUGAUGUAUGUCAUGUCAUGUUGCCAAGGAGAUUAGGUGGUGCAGGUGCAGUUCAUUGUUAAACCCUUGGUCCGCAUAAAGGAAUGACACGUUUCUGUGAGCUAGUCCAAGGCAUGCACUAGUCUUAUUUCAGUCUUUCCAAGGCCAGACUAAACCCCUCAGAGUCACACAUUACUCGCUUGCUCUCACAAACUAUCUGUUCACAACAAUUUAGGGUUAAGGUUGGGGCUUGGGCUUGGUUUGGUUAAAAAAUAUAUAUAUAUUUUAAGACUCUACAUGAAUUUCAACAAACUAAAGUCUCUGUAGGUCGUGGACUAUCCGAGUAAAGAGUUACCACCCAUAAUGCUAGUCUGGCCUUUGUCCAAUGUUCAUACUUUUCUCAGUACAAGGCUUCCAACCAGCUAUUGUGCAUUGGAUCCAAAUGCAGUUCUGCAGUUCACCGAAAUAUAGUUCGGUGAAACGAUACUGUAUCCAAAUGCAGUUCUCCCUAAUGGUGGAACGAUACUGGAUCCAAAUGCAGUUCUCCCUAACGCUGAAAUUUUACUGGAUCCAAAUGCAGUUCUUCCUAACGCUGAAAUUUUACUGGAUCCAAAUGCAGUUCUUCCUAACGGUGAAACUUUACUGGAUCCAAAUGCAGUUCUUCCUAAUGCUGAAACUUUACUUCAGACCACAUUUCAUGUUCUCUUGGUUUGCAUGAAGUGUAGUUCUGCAGCCUUAAUGAUCUCUAUGAAGUUAUCCUAACAUAUAUUGGUUAAGAGUCAUUACCUUAAACAUCAGCCAUAAUAACUAAUAUUGUUAUGAAGUGUGACAUAUGAUGUUCCCUGUAUUGUACACAUCAUGUAUUAAGAUGGCAUUCAUCAAAGUUGGUGAUUUAGGAAUCAUAAAAGUGAAAUGGCAUAACAA